AUGGCCCUCAGUAUCCGGCAGAAGAGGGUGCGAAGAAUCUCCGGAGACCCAGUCGAUGGGGUUGUGGUGCAAGGCCCUGUGGAUGGUCUGGCUACUGGCACCCCACUCUAUAGUGUGGCGGUGCAAGGCACUAUAGAUGGAAGGACUACUUGUAGACCAAGGGGUUGGAGGUUUGGUACCUGGAAUGUAGGCACGUUGACAGGAAGAAGUUUGGAAGUGGUGGAGGAGCUGCAGAGGAGAAUGGUUGACGUGGCUGCAUUACAGGAGGUCAGAUGGAAGGGUGAGGGUACAAGGUUUGUGGGGGCUAAAGGUGGAAGAUAUAAGUUGUGGUGGAAGGGGGAUGAUGGUACGGGAGGAGUUGGUGUGAUGGUAAGAGAAGAGUUGUUGGAGCAG